ACCACCAAGUCAACCACUAAUAGAGCUUUAUUCUGGAUCGAUGGAUGCCCAACCCGCAUUACCACAGCCCGGUCGAAGUCCUGCACAUACUCCUGGCCAGACCCCCAUGCGGCUUAUGGUGCCCACCUCUGCACAAACACUUCAGACACCACAAAGACCUCAACCAUAUUACGAAGAAUCUGGAGAUAAAUCACGCAGCCAGACGGGAGAACGAGGACCAUGUCCUGGACUAGCUAGAAGACAGCCACUGCAGGCUAUUGGAGCUCCUCAGAGCAAAUCAGCCGUAAGCAUACUUUAUAUAAUACUCUACUGCUUACAAAAAGUUAAAACAUCCCAUGUUCAGACAAGUUCUAGGCCUUCCCCUUGUCCUCUCCCCCAAGGGCCAACGCAGUCCCGUCCACAGGAAGAUAGAGGAAGACAACCUGCUAUUGAGUUUUCAAGCGAUAAACCACGUGAACAGUCAAGCGGGCGAACCCCCAAGGAAAAUUAUGCUGGGCAAAUUGUCAGACGUUCACCCUCUCCCCCUCGGUCAGCACCAACUUGCCCACAAACACAAUUACCAAUUUACGAAGGUGCUGGUGACAAAACACGCAGUCAGUCGGCACUUCGGGCACUUGAGAUUGUCCUAGCAGAACCAUCACGAUCUAUUAGUGAUUUUGUUACCGAAAAAUCGCGCGCUGCCUCUCCGCAAAGAGAACCUGGACGCAGCGAAGCAAGUCCCGUUGCGGCAUCGCCGAUCAAUCAGGCCGGAAGUAGUAAAGCAUCUUCACCUGCUAAUAAAGCGAACCCCGACAACCCCCCCUCACGGUCGGAAUCUCCUAAUGGUAAUAAUACCGGCUGGAUUGUUGCAGACCAACUUAUCGGGGUAAUGAAAUUUACUUUUAAUCAUUUCUUCUGAAAGCUUAACAAAAAAAUGUGCGUGUCCUCUAUUUCAGGCACUCGAAGAUUUUAUAAACUUUAUGCCGCCCAUAAGUUCAACAGAUGUAAGUUUUGGUCCUUACCAAAUUUUAUUCGUUACAGCCACUUAUUAAAACAUUGAUAUAUUCGCAGGAGUUAAAAAUUUGCCCUCAGCCAUCAGAUGUAAGUGCCCGCGAUAUUUUUCCACAUAAUCUAAGUUGAAAUAUAUUUGAAAAAUACAUUUUCUUUCAGCAGCCUGCACGCGAAUCGCCAGUUCUUCGUGGAAGGUCACGUGAAGCCCAAGAAGAUCCCUCUUCGGUAAUAAAAAUAUGAUUUCGCUACUUUUUGUUAACCCAUAUCACUAUUAAAUGUAUUUUUCUUUUUCAUCUUAAUCUUCAAAAGAAUUUUUGUCCAAACGCGCGUGGUGCUUACGAGGAACCUUCUGGCCCCUAUGACGUUGACCAGGUAUAUACGUUAGUUAUUAA